AUGGCCCAGCUCUAUCACCUAGUGAUAAAAGUCUUUGAGGAACCUGAGAUUCAUGAGGUCAUCUUCCUACCCAAAAAUUGCUGUUCUGUCCUGUCCCAAGCCGCAGAGCAGGGGGAACUUACUCCCACCACGCGAGCCCUACGCGGGCGCCUUCCCACACUGCCCCGCGGCGAGGUCGCCCCGACCCGGCCCCUCGCAGUGCAUUGUGGGCCAGACGAGGAGCCGGGCCCCUUUUCACCGCAACGCUCGGUAAAUACAGGAGACUCAUAUGGACCAAAGCCCCCACUCCAGCCUGGUGAGGCAGGGGCAGGUCCUGUAGCAGGGGCCCCACUCUGGCCCGCAGCUGUCGCCACCCUGCGGGAGGUGUCAGGGUGGAGCAGUGGCGGCUCCCACGGGUCCUGCACCAGCUUCCUCCUGGUGGGCUUCCCGGGGCUGCGGGAGUCUCGCAUCCUCCUGCUGCCUCCCUCCCUCGGCCUCUGCCUGGUGAUCCUCUCCGCCUAUGCCCUGGUCGUCUACACCGUGCUAGCCCAGCGCAGCCUGCACCAGCCCAUGUACCUGCUCAUCAGCCUGCUCCUGACCGUCAACAUCUGCGCCGCCGCCACCAUGGUGCGGCCCGCCUUGCUCUUCAGCUUCUCCACGCGCUUCAGCCGCGUCUCCCUGGCUCGGUGCCUGGUCCAGAUGUUCUGCAUCUACUUCCUCAUCGUCUUUGAGUGCAGCAUCCUCCUGGUCAUGGCGCUAGAUCGCUACCCAGAGAUGGUGACCAGCGGGUUGCUGGAUGGUCUGCUGGGAGCGGCGGCAGCCAGGAGCGCGUGCAUAGUUGCGCCCGUGGUGGGGCUGGCCUCUCGGGUCCGCUUCAGCCUCUCAGACGUGAUCCAUCACUUGGCCUGCGAGCGCAUGGCCCGCAUGAAGCUCUCCUGCGGGGACGUUUCCCUGCACAAGACCGUGGAGCUCACUGUCCGCAUCUUCAACAGGGUCCUGGUGAUCCCGCUAGGAGCCUCCUAUUCUCGCAUCGUCCGUGCCGCCUUCAGGAUUUCAGCACGGGGAGGCCGCUCCAAGGCCCUGAACACCUGUGGCUCCCACCUGCUGGUCGUCUUCACUGUCUACUCCUCCACCAUGUCCUCAUCAUCUCUACCUGUGGCCCGCACUGCCUCCCAGGAUGUGCGCAACCUGCUCAGUGCCUUCUACCUGCUGCUCCCGUGUCUGGUCAACCCCAUCAUCUAUGGGGCCAGAACCAAGGAAAUCAGGCAGCACCUAGCAACUCUCUUCCAAAGGACGCAGCAGCAGGUCUCCACUCAGAAGCUCCAGUUGCUGUCCUUGCGGAGGGAGAUUCCUGGCUGA